AUGGCCCUCCUUGUAGCUCUUAUUCUUUUGAUGGCCGGGUUCUGCCCUGCUGUUCUCUGCCAACCAAAUGGCACAUUGGGAAGACAUGCUGAAGUCCAGCAAGACCAAAACAAUGGGACACAAGUGGAAAGUCUAACAAUGGCCUCUAUCAACAAUGACUUUGCCUUUAGCCUCUACAAGGAGUUGGUUUUGAAGAAUCCAGAUAAAAAUGUCAUAUUCUCCCCACUCAGCAUCUCAGUAGCUUUGGCCAUCUUGUCCCUGGGAGCAAGCAGCAACACCAUGGAAGAGAUUCUAGAAGGUCUCAAGUUCAAUCUCACAGAGACACCUGAGGCAGAUUUCCACCAGGGCUUUGGAAACCUCCUCCACAUGCUCAGUCAGCCAGGGGACCAGGUGAAGAUCAGCAUAGGCAGCAACAUGUUUAUUAAAAAGCAUCUGCAGACCCUGGCAGAGUUUAAGGAGAAGAUAAGGGUGAUUUACCAGGCUGAGGCUUCCACAGCUGACUUUGAGCAGCCUCGCGAGGCCAAAAAACUCAUCAAUGACUAUGUAAGCAAACAGACCCAGGGGAAGAUCAAGGAACUGAUCUCAGACCUGGAUGAGAGUUUGUUAGUGGUGCUGGUGAAUUACAUCUACUUUAAAGGGAAAUGGGAGAUACCCUUUGACCCUUGUUUUGCAUUUGAGUCUAUCUUCUACUUGGAUGAGAAGAGGACUGUGAGGGUGCCCAUGAUGAACGUUAAGAACCUGACCACACCCUACUUCCGGGAUGAGGCUCUGUCCUGCUCUGUGGUGGAGCUGAAGUACACAGGCAAUGCCAGCGCCCUGUUCAUCCUCCCUGAUGAGGGCAGGAUGCAGCAGGUGGAAGCCAGCUUGCAACCAGAAACCUUGAAGAAAUGGAAGGACUCCCUGAGGCCCAGGAUAAUUGAUGAGCUCUACAUACCAAAGUUCUCCAUCUCCAGUGACUACAGCAUAGAGGACAUCCUUCAACAGCUGGGUAUCAGGGAAGUCUUCUCCACACAGGCUGACCUGUCUAGGAUUACAGGGGUCAAGGACUCAAGAGUCUCUCAGGUGGUCCACAAUGUUGUGCUGGAUGUGGCUGAGACAGGCACAGAAGCAGCUGCUGCCACCAGAGUCAGAGCUAUGGGAACAGCUCUAAUUUUGAACCCUCUGAAAGUGAAUUUCAGCAGUGUGUUCCUGAUGAUUGUCUCUGACACAAACAUUCAGACUCCACUCUUUAUGGCCAAAGUCACAAAUCCCAAUGGAAACUAG